GCGGGCAGCGCCGCGGCAACGGGGCUGACGUGGAGGUUCAGGGUUAGCUGGCGCUGCGGGCUGCGGGAUUGGGGAGCGACGGGCCGGGCCGGGUCCUCCGGCCCGAGGCUGCAUUGGUGGCGACGGUAUAAAGCCGGCGACGGGGAGCAUGUAAUGUCGGAAUGCGGAGGCCGCGGCAGCGGCAGCAGCAGCAGCGACGACGCCGCGGACGAGGGUGGCGGUGGCGGCGGCCCCGCGGGCUCCGGCUUCCUCAGCCCGGCCCCGGCUUCGUCCUCGGAGGGCAGGCUCCGUCGCGGGCUGCACGGCGCCUCCCUCAUGGCGCGCCGGCGGCCCGAGCUGCUCUGCGGGGCCGUGGCACUCGGCUGCGCGCUACUCCUCGCUCUCAAGUUUACCUGCAGUCGAGCAAAAGAUGUGAUAAUACCAGCAAAGCCGCCUGUCAGCUUUUUCUCCUCGAGGUCUCCGGUUCUUGACCUCUUCCAGGGGCAGCUGGACUACGCAGAGCAUGUCCGCAGGGACUCGGAGGUGGUGCUGCUGUUUUUCUACGCGCCGUGGUGCGGACAGUCCAUCGCCGCCAGGGCCGAAAUUGAACAAGCAGCGAGGCAGCUUUCAGACCAGGUGUUGUUUGUGGCCAUUAACUGUUGGUGGAACCAGGGGAAAUGCAGAAAACAGAAACACUUCUUUUAUUUUCCUGUGAUAUAUCUGUAUCAUCGGAGUUUUGGACCAAUCGAAUACAAAGGCCCCAUGAGUGCUGUUUACAUUGAGAAGUUUGUCCGCCGUGUGAUGAAACCACUUCUCUACAUCCCAUCUCAAUCAGAAUUACUAGAUUUUCUCUCAAACUACGAGCCUGGAGUCCUUGGGUACUUUGAGUUCAAUGGUUCACCCCAGCCUCCUGGUUAUUUGACCUUCUUCACAUCAGCAUUGCAUUCGCUGAAGAAAGAUUACCUAGGAACAGUACGAUUUGGGGUUAUCACAAAUAAACAUCUUGCGAAACUGGUAUCCUUAGCACACUCUGGAAGUGUGUAUUUACAUAGACAUUUCAACACAUCUCUUGUCUUUCCCAGGGAGGUCAUCAACUACACGGCGGAGAACGUCUACAAGUGGGCCCUCGAAAACCGAGAGACGCUCCUUCGGUGGCUGCGGCCACACGGCGGCAAGAGUCUCCUGCUGCAAAACGAGCUGAAGAAAGGACCAGCGCUUUUUUUAUUUAUACCUUUUAAUCCCCUGGCCGAGAGUCAUCCCCUGAUAGAUGAGAUCACCGAAGUGGCCUUGGAGUACAACAACUGUCAUGGGGACCAGGUGGUGGAGCGGCUCCUUCAGCACCUGCGGCGAGUGGACGCCCCUGUGUUCAAGUCUCUGGCCCCCGAGCCCCCUGCCCGGCUGCUGGACCCGCCACUGGGGUCGGCGUCCCCCUGCUGCAACACCGUGGUGCUGCCCCAGUGGCACUCCAUCUCCAGGACCCACAAUGUCUGUGAACUGUGUGUCAACCAGACAGCCGGCGGUGUCAGGCCGAGCUCGGUCAGCGUGCCCCAGUGCAGCUUUUUCGAUAUGGCAGCAGCUCUGGAUUCCUUCUACCUCAAGGAGCAGACCUUUUAUCAUGUGGCAUCAGAUAGCAUAGAAUGCAGCAAUUUUCUAAGUUUCUAUAGCCCUUUCAGCUACUACUCUGCAUGUUGCAGGACCAUCAGCAGGGGCGGGACGGGCCUCAUUGAUUCUGAACAAGACGCCUUUGAGUCCCCGACCACUGCGUUUUCUUCCCUCGAGAAGAAAUGCGAGGUCGAUCCCCCCAGCUCUGUUCCUCACAUUGAGGAGAACAGGUAUCUUUUUCCCGAACUGGACGUGACUAGCACAAGCUUCACCGGCUUGAGCUGCAGAACCAACAAGACCCUGAACAUGUACCUUUUGGAUUCCAAUUUAUUUUGGUUAUAUGCCGAGAGGCUGGGUGCUCCAAGCACCGCUCAGGUGAAAGAAUUCGCCACCAUCGUUGAUGUGAAGGAAGAGUCUCACUACAUCUUGGAUCCAAAACUCGCUCUGAUGAAGUUCACCCUAGAGUCCUUCAUUCAGAACUUCAGCGCUCUCUACAGUCCCUUGAAAAGGCAUCUUAUUGGAAGUGACUCUGCCCAGUUCUCGUCUCAGCGUUUCAUCACCGAAGUGACGACUGACUCCUUUUGGGAAGUGGUCCUUCAAAAGCAGGAUGUGCUGCUGCUGUACUAUGCGCAGUGGUGCGGCUUUUGUCCAUCCCUCAAUCACAUCUUCAUCCAGCUGGCCCGGCUCCUGCCCGCGGAUACGUUCACCGUGGCCAGGAUCGAUGUGUCGCAGAAUGAUCUUCCUUGGGAAUUUAUGGUUGACCGUCUUCCUACUGUCUUAUUUUUUCCCUGUAACAGAGACCCCCACCGUGCCCGUGACCCUCGCCCGCACUGCCGCUGUGUCGAUGGGCCUGAUGCAAGUGGCACAGGUGGCGUGGGAUGAAGACCCUCCAGGAGUGAAACUAAGGAGAAAGUGACGCUUCGUCUUCUCAAAACCGAAACUGCCCUGGCACGGUCAGAAGUUCAAGGCGGGUCUGGCAGGCAAGUCAGAGUCACACUCACGGGGACUGCAAACACCAGUCCCAGGAGCUCCUCGGUCCCUCGGGUGAAGGACAGCCAGCCUCAGGUGUAGGCUGCCGGCUGCAGAAAGGAGAGGUAGAACGCCUGAGGUUCUGAAACGCGAGGGCACUGGAGCAGACGGCCUACAUCUUCCCUGUUUUCCGGGCGCCCUUCAUUCGAAAGCACCCUUUCUCUCUGCCUUCCAGUUGGCACCUUUAGAACCCCUGUCCCUCCUUCCACCCACACCCUGGUCCUGGGCACCCCAGCCCACUGGGCCUCUGCUGGUCCCCAGGUGGGGACCAGAAGCAUUUCCUCCCCUGCACUAAAACCUGGCUGCCUCCCACGGAUGCCUUAGCAGCCCACCUGGGCCUCAAGCCUGCCUUCAGCUCAGAUUGCCUAACUAGCUCCCCCUUCCCCCAAGCGAUCACUUAAUGUCAACCCUUAAUUUCGGGGUAUGCUGCUAAAAUAAGUGUUCCCUAAGCUCCCUCCUAGGGGUUCUAGAAAGUAGAUUGGUUCAACAUCUUUUUAGAGAUUUGGAUGAGGCCAGACGAGCUGCCUUCAGUCUGACCAGAAGGCCAGAGCUUCGGGGGUGAGGGUAAGGGGUAGGGUUGGGGGGCAGCCCCAGGCCACCUGGGAGAUUCCUGCCUGCACUGCUGGCAGGCCAGAGUCAGCCUUCGGGCCCAUCCAGGGCUGGCCUCCAGCUGACUCCCAGGGAUGUGGACACAAACCACAUUUUAAUCACAAUAGGGUAGCAUGUGCUGUCAGUGGUGGGAUUAAGAACUAAGUGAGUUCACCCAAGCAGACACAAGGAUAGAGAUGCGGGCUCGGGGUCACUGGCCCGAGAACCCCCAAUUCCUCGCCUUUGCCAACCUGAAACUCUCUGCAGCCCCCUCCUCUGGGCACCCACAGUGCCACUGGCUGCUGGGGGCUCCUGUGUCCACAUGCACAUGAGAAAUGACUGUCCCCUGCACUUGGCGCUCUGACAACAGGGUCAGGGGACCCUCCUGGGUGAGGAAACUGAACCCAGUCCCCAGCAGGUGGGGAAGAAUCUGAGAAAAGGGCAGGGGGAAGGAACCGAGCCCCCUCCCCCCACUCCCCUCCAGUGCAGAAAAUACUAAAUACAACAAACAAAAGCCA